AAAACAAAUAUCUGUACAACAUAUAAAUGCACUCCAGCAGGGAAAAAGUCCACAAGAACUCAUCAGUCUCCCAGUCUGCAGAGAAGACAGAAACGACAUGAGCACUGCAGGAAAAGUAAUAAAAUGCAAAGCGGCUGUGCUGUGGGAGGCAAACAAACCCUUUUCCAUCGAGGAGGUGGAGGUCGCACCACCUAAGGCCUAUGAAGUUCGUGUUAAGAUGGUGGCCGUAGGAAUCUGUCGCACGGAUGACCAUGUGGUUAGUGGCACCAUUGUGGUCCCUUUUCCUGUGAUUGCAGGCCACGAAUCAGCUGGCAUCGUGGAGAGCAUUGGAGAAGGGGUGACCACAGUCAAACCAGGUGAUAAAGUCAUCCCACUCUUUACUCCUCAGUGUGGAAAAUGCAGAGUUUGUAAACACCCGGAAGGCAACUUCUGCUUGAAAAACGAUCUAGCUAAGCCUCGGGGGACCUUGCAGGAUGGCACCACCAGGUUCAUGUGCAGGGGGAAGCCCGUCCACCACUUCCUCGGCAUCAGCACCUUCUCCCAGUACACUGUGGUGGAUGAGAUGUCUGUGGCCAAAAUUGAUGCAGCUUCACCCCUGGAGAAAGUUUGCCUCAUUGGUUGUGGAUUUACAACCGGUUAUGGGUCUGCAGUCAAAAUUGCCAAGGUCACCCGGGGCUCCACCUGUGCUGUGUUUGGCCUGGGAGGAGUUGGCCUGUCUGUUAUCAUAGGCUGUAAAGCAGCUGGAGCAUCCAGGAUCAUUGCCGUGGACGUCAAUAAAGAUAAAUUUGCAAAGGCCAAGGAGGUGGGUGCCACUGAAUGCAUCAACCCACGAGACUACAAGAAGCCCAUCCAGGAGGUGAUAGCGGAAAUGACUGACGGAGGAGUGGAUUUUUCGUUUGAGGUCGUUGGUCGGCUUGACACCACGAUGUCUGCCCUGUUAUGUUGUCAUGAGGCGUGUGGCACAUGUGUCAGUGUCGGGAUACCUCCUGAUUCUCAAAACCUCUCCAUGAACCCAAUACUGCUAUUGACGGGACGCACCUGGAAAGGAGGGGUUUAUGGUGGAUAUAAGAGUAAAGAGUCUAUCCCAAAACUCGUGGUUGAAUAUAUGUCUAAGAAGUUUUCAUUCGAUACAUUAAUAACCAAUGUUCUACCUUUUGAAAAAAUAAAUGAAGGAUUUGACCUGCUUCGCUCUGGAAAGAGCAUCCGUACCGUCCUGACCUUUUAAGACCAUGCAUAUGCCUUCCCUGACAGCAGCCUUCAGCAUCCUCCAUCCCACACCCUCUACAGCACAGACUGGGCAAUGUCAUUGAUUCUGUUCUGCAGAGAUGUUAUCAGUCAAUUACACCUGAAUGCUUUCCACAAGGAACAGAAAUUGAUAUGAGAUUAAUUUUCAAGCAAAUGCUUAAAAUCCAAGUGAGAUCUAGAUAAGAUGCUGAAUAUCACCUGGGGAAUUGAGACCAGUAAACUUUCCUUCUUAUUCAUUCUAUUUUAUGUCACCUUUCCCUUUAAGGAAAUAAACUUCGCAUGCCUUCUUGCA